AUGAGACUCAUCUUUAUCGUGUUCUGGCAGGGCUGCCUUGGUAGACUCGCAGAAGAUACUAAAUUCCUGAAGGAGGUGCUGCAAUUUGCUCUCAGUAUCAGAGACGAGGUUGAAAUAGCAGAAAUUGAGGCAUCCUUUACUUCCCUCUUGAUCAUCAGCAACGCCGUGCAGACUACGAGAGCGGAUUUGAGUGCUUUGAGAAGCACUAGUCUUUACGAGCUUGUGGAGCACGCCAUGGCUGACUCCAAGACUAAGAAGCAGAUAGUGCUCGCAGCCAGGAUCCUAUUUCUGACCUUUGACAUAGACCCGGAUCACAAAUUUCUCUCAGAAUACCCUUCCAUCUGGUCAACCCUCCUCGCAUUGGCUACCUGUGGUCGAGAAAUAGAAGAGUGGAUCCGCUGUCAAGCCUUCUUCAUGGUGCUCCGAUGCUUGAAGCAGGUGAAAGAGUUUGAGUACGACCCGGAAGCGCCCGCGGUGGACGUGAUAUACAGCCUCUUCAAAGCUGACGAGGCUGCAGUACGCAGGGCGGUCCAGCUGCGCAGGAUGUUCUCAGCGCUGUCCGAGGAUGUCUGCGGCUUCAAGUACGUCGAGGAGCCGAAGAAGAAGCAGACCGCAGGGCUGAGAGACACAUCAGAGGCUGCCAAGGGGCACCCAUGGUGCUCAAACUUGUUGCUGAGGCCACGACUGGAAAGUCGAAAGUGCUCUGAAGCGAGUUGUCGCAACGUUGAGUCGGAAGGGGGAACGUUCCAGGUUUGUUCAAAGUGCAGGAUCGCCGUCUACUGCAGCAAAGGUAACCUGUCCUGUUGA